GGCCACAUUGUGACUCAAUUUCAAGCUUAUAAGUCACUUUAAUUAGGACCUUGCCGUUAGAGCGCCCGCUUAGAAAAUUUGGAGUCACCUAUUUUACUUUUACUUCUAUCAACUACAUGAUACGGGCAGUUUGCGCGACUGGAACAUCUGCGUCGAGCUUGGUCCCCGCAAUUCCCUUCCGCUUUGUUUCUAAGUGGUCCUCGAGGACUCUUGGAAUUAUUACAAGGCCAUCUCUAAGUACUACAAUUGGUAACGUUUGUAGACCUUCAGUCGCAAACUCUAACUUGAGAGGCUUCACUACCUCGAAGCUAGCCUCAUAUCCUCACGGUACACAAACAAAUAGUAAAGACGCAAAUAUGACGACGACUGCUACUACUCUCAAGGGGCAACCCUUGGACCGUCCCGCCCUGGACUCGAUGCUUCGACGACGAAUGUUCUAUACCCCAGCGUUUGAGAUUUAUGGAGGUGUUGCUGGUCUCUACGAUUAUGGCCCACCCGGCUGUAGUCUCCAGGCAAACAUCAUUGAUGUGUGGAGGAAGCAUUUCGUGCUUGAGGAAGAUAUGCUGGAAGUUGACUGUUCAGUAUUGACUCCGCAUGAGGUUCUAAAGACAAGUGGCCACGUGGACAAGUUCGCCGACUGGAUGUGCAAAGAUCCGAAGAACGGCGAGAUUAUUCGAGCAGACCACUUCGUUGAGGAAAUACUCGAAAGCCGAUUAAAAGGAGAUAAGGAGGCUCGCGGCCAGAAGGUUGAGGAGAAAGAAGAAGACCCCAAGAAAAAGAAGCGAAAGGCUAAGGGUGUGCAAGAGGCUGUCAAACUUGACGAUGCUGUUGUUCAGGAAUACGAGGAAGUAUUGGCCAGGAUUGACAACUACAAUGGCGAGGAACUUGGCGAGCUGAUCAAGAAAUAUGAUCUCAAGAACCCUUCUUCUGGCGUGCAACCCUCGCCGCCUGUUGCCUUCAACUUGAUGUUCCAGACAGCCAUUGGUCCCAGCAGCAAUCUCCCCGGUUACUUAAGACCAGAAACCGCGCAAGGACAAUUCCUGAACUUCUCUAAGCUGCUAGAAUUCAACCAGGGCCAGGUACCAUUUGCGUCGGCGUCUAUUGGCCGGUCGUACCGAAACGAAAUCUCGCCUCGGGCUGGAUUACUUCGAGUACGAGAGUUCCUGAUGGCGGAGAUUGAGCAUUUCGUGGAUCCUGAUGGAGGAAAGAAGCACCCACGCUUCCAGGAAGUCAAAGACGUUGAACUAGUACUACUAAACCGCACAACUCAGCUCGCCGGUAAAACACAUGUCGAUAAGAUAUCCAUUGGUCAGGCGGUAGCUGAUGGCAUCGUCGACAACGAGACUCUUGGUUACUUUAUGGCCCGAAUUCAUCUGUUCCUCAAGAAGAUUGGCGUUGAUCAGUCCAAGAUUCGCUUUAGACAGCAUAUGGCCAACGAGAUGGCUCACUACGCUGCAGACUGCUGGGAUGCAGAACUUUUCACUUCUUACGGAUGGGUUGAAUGCGUCGGAUGUGCGGACCGUAGCGCUUACGAUCUAAGUGUUCAUGCUAAGAGGACCGGUGCUCCCCUUAUUGUUCGCGAACAACGGGCCGAGCCACUAGUUAUCGAGGAAUGGGAGGUCGAUCUGAACAAGAAGAAGUUUGGACCUCAUUUCAAGAAAGAUGGCAAGACGGUGGAGGCCGCUGUUUUAGCGACUACACAGGACCAGCGAGAAGCACUAGCAAAAGACUUGAGCGAAAAGGGAAGCAUUACUGUUGAAGUUCCCGGUGUCGGUGACGGAAAGGUUGAGAUCCCGAAAGAUCUUAUUACCAUCGAGCGACGCACACGAGUUGAGCACGUUAGAGAAUAUACCCCCAACGUUAUCGAGCCUUCUUUUGGUAUUGGUAGAAUACUAUAUGCCCUUAUGGAGCACAACUUCUGGACUCGAGGCAGUGAGGGCGGCGAUGAAGCGCGUGGCGUUCUCUCGUUCCCGCCAACAGUAGCUCCCACAAAGGUGCUUAUCGUUCCACUAUCAUCCAACGAGCAAUUCAGACCGAUUUGCUACAAGCUGUCUCAACGGCUUAGGAAAAUUGGAAUCUCUAGUCGUAUCGACGAUUCUUCCGCAACGAUCGGAAAGAGAUACAGCCGUAACGAUGAGCUCGGCACGCCACUUGGCAUUACAGUGGAUUUCCAGACUGUUCAAGACAGCACGAUCACGCUGCGAGAUCGAGAUUCGACUAAACAAGUUCGUGCAGAUGAGGAUAAGAUCAUCGCCGCGAUCCAGUCCGUAGUUGACGGGAGCAAGGAGUGGAAAGACGUUGAGGCUGAACUACCCAUUUUUGAAGGGCAAGAGAUCGAGGUCGCUGUUCGUUAAUGUGGUUCGUACCUAACAUUAGAUAGUUCGAAGCGCCAUUCAUCGCAGAGGCGAAAUAUGCAGGAGGCCUCAGUCGCAAGCAAGGCUAGAUAGACAGAUUAUGGAUCUUAAAAAGGCUUAUUACUGAUUUUCGUUCUCGGAUGUGGUUUCAACUGUAGAUCUUGGCCACGUGCGGGUUCUCGCCCGGUAACAGGGGUUAAGCAAUAGAAAGUUUCUACCCGGGAAUAAUUCUACGAACCACUAUGAUAGUGCUGCUUUAGGAAUCUACAGUUAUCUUUUAUUGUCCGAUAACUUUAAGUAUUAUGGAAUGCGAGCUAUAGACCAACGGUCCCAAGAAAUUUUCAGUGACA